AUCGAAGCAUGCAGCAGAGGAAACAGAGGAGGCCCGGACCAGCUCUGCGAAUCUGCCAUCGUCUGCGAACGCCGGACGCUUCCCCAACCUCUUUUGUCCUCUCGCUGCUUAUUACAUCUCCACUCCAUUACUCCCACUCCAUUUACUCUCCCUCCAGCGUCAGCGACUAGCCAGCCAGCGAUGCAGUCGUCGUCACGCGCUCUCGCGCACGCCAACAAGCCGCCGCGGAGCCACGCGCGCUCGCGCUCCCAGGCCGCGCAGGUGCGCCCGGACCCCGGCUCCAUGGAGGAGCCGCUCGCGGAUUUGGAGUUCGAGUUCCUGCCCGAGGCGUUCCGGUUCGACAUGGCCGGCGGCCGCAAGGCGGAGGAGGUUGUUGGUGGGUUUGACAAGGUGAGGAUCAGCAUUGCGUCGAGCGACGAGGAAGGGGAAGGGGAGGCAGAGGCGUUGCCGAGGCGCUCGUUUUAUGGGGCGAGCCACCCCCCGGAGCCGGUGGAGGACAUGGUGGACUCCGUGUUCGUGCCCGUGGAUCGCGGGCGGGGAGACACGAAGAAGGCUGCGGCGGCGGCGGCGGCUGUGAAGCCGGUGAUUGUGUGGGACGCGUCGCCGCCGGUUAGCGGCGCGGCGAGCCCGCACGGCAGAAGCAGCACGGGCGGCGACAGCUCCAGCGGCGCGGUGGCCUGCACGGUCACCAGCAUGGCGCCGAGCGGCACCGCCACGAGCCGGAGCGCCAAGACCAGCGUCAGCAGCAGCAGCGCCGCCAGCAGCGACUGGAGCAGCCACGGCACGUCCGGCGCCGGCGCGGGCGAGGGAGGGAAGAAGCCGCACAAGGGCGGCGACCCGAGGUGGGCGGCGGUGGUGGCCGCGCGCGCCCGGCUCGACGGGGCGCCCCUCGGCAUGUCCCACUUCCGCCUCCUCCGCCGCCUCGGCUGCGGCGACAUCGGCACCGUGUACCUCUCCGAGCUCGCUAACAACAACAACAACAACAACAACAACAACAAUGGCGGCUGUGGCUCCCCACCGUCGCCGUGGUUCGCGAUGAAGGUGAUGGACAAGGCGGCGCUGGCGCAGCGGCGGAAGGAGGCCCGCGCGCACACGGAGCGGGAGAUCCUGCAGCUCCUGGACCACCCGUUCCUCCCCACCCUGUACGCGAGCUUCGAGACGGACCGCUUCGCGUGCCUCGUCAUGGAGUUCUGCCCCGGCGGCGACCUCCACGCGCUCCGCCAGCGCCAGCCGCGGAAGCGCUUCCCGGAGCACGCCGCCAGGUUCUACGCCGCCGAGGUGCUCCUGGCCCUCGAGUACCUGCACAUGCUCGGCGUCGUCUACCGCGACCUCAAGCCGGAGAACGUGCUCGUCCGGGACGACGGCCACGUCAUGCUCUCCGACUUCGACCUCUCCCUCCGCUGCGCCACCGCCUCGCCCACCCUCCUCAGGCCUUCCCCUCCCAACCCAGGCGCCGCUUCCGCCGCCGCCUGCGUCCAGCCCACAUGCUUCAUGCCCAAGAUCUUCGGCAAGAAGAAGAAGAGCGCCGCCGGCACCACGGCGGCCAGGUCGCCAAAGAGCGGCGAGAAGCAGCAUGGCGGCGCCGGCAUGCCGGAGCUGGUGGUGGAGCCGACGGCGGCGAGGUCGAUGUCGUUCGUGGGGACGCACGAGUACCUGGCGCCGGAGAUCAUCAAGGGGGAAGGCCAUGGCAGCGCGGUGGACUGGUGGACGCUGGGCGUGUUCCUGCACGAGCUCAUGUACGGGAGGACGCCGUUCAAGGGGCAGACCAACCGCGCCACGCUCUUCAACGUCGUCGGCCAGCAGCUCAGGUUCCCCGAGGACGAAUCGCCGGCGACGGCGACGAGCGAAGCGGCCAGGGACCUCAUCAGGGGCCUGCUGGCCAAGGAGCCGCAGGGCCGGCUCGGGGUGAAGAGGGGCGCGGCGGAGAUCAAGCAGCACCCGUUCUUUCAAGGUGUCAACUGGGCGCUCAUCCGGUGCAGCACUCCCCCCGGCGUGCCGAGGGCCCCCGUGGAGCUCGUUGUUGUAGCGCCGGCGGUGCCUCCUGCACCGCGACCAGUGAAGCCGGCGCCGGUGCCGGUGAACAGGGUAGAGAUGAAUUACGGCGGCAGCAAGAGGAUAGCGGAUGAUCAUGUGGAGUCCGGAGGGAAGUUCCUGGACUUUGAGUUCUUUUAGGGGAGUUUGCUUGUGUUCUUGCAGAAAUUCUACAUCAACACCUCAUAUUGGCUGAGAUACUUAGUUCUGAAAAUGUUGAGUUGUUGUAGUGAAGCAUAGGCAAUGACAUAUCUGACCAGUUUUAAUCGUGUUUCUUAAUCACUCUCUUGUUUGGAAUUCCCUUGGCUGGAGUACGAUUUUAAAUUGCCUUCGA